GGAGUUGGAUAACCAAUCACAACAAAGCGCUGAUUUUUGGUGUUGUACUGUUUGAUUUUGACGUGUCGCUCUCCUUGUAUUUACAAAAAUAUUCUUGACCAAAAUAUCAUUUAAACCAGCAGUUAUGUCGAACGGUCAAUGGGAAGUUGUCGGGAAAAGCAAGAAGUCUCAAAAUGGGAAAAUUAAAAAUAAGGAGGAAGAUAAGAAGUCAUUUAAAAAUGGUCCAAAACUUGAGGAUAUCAUUCCUCAUUCACAAAUAAAGUCAUUCUAUGCUGGCAUGGAGAUUGAUGACGACAGGAAACCUGUGAAUAAAAAUAGCGCAAAGAAAAAGAAGGCACAAGAGAAAAAAGCAGAGCCCCCGAAACAAAAGCCUCCAAAAACUAUAGAAGGUGCAUUGGAAGCUAUCGAUCCCAAUGAACUGGCCAAUAUUAUAACAACAAAUAAAGUUCGUUUUUCAAAUGCCCCACUCGUGUGGCUGAAGGAAGUUGCCAGUUUCCUAAACUCGAAGACUCAGAUUGAGGUUGAUGAUCCUACAUUUUCGAACUACCCUUCUACUUACCCACUGUCAACUUUACCUCCGGAGAUCAGGACCAGCCUUGAGAAUGUCUUGCAGGAUGCUGGCAAAGCUAACGCCCAGCUGUUCUUUGAUGUGACCCUUACUGCUCUGGCUAAUGAUAUCAGCAGAGGUCAAUCAGUGAACGGCCAUAGAGUCCUGCUUCAGAUGCUGGCGAAUGAUUAUCCCGAGUUCUGCACAGCGUCUGUGCAGAAGAGCGCGAGCCUCCGCAACUCGUACCAGAACCGACCUCCUAUUGGGCUAUCUUUGCUCUGGGCGUUUGGCCAGGGAGGACUGACUGAUUUUUCCGUGGGUUUGAAAGCGUGGCAAGAACUAUUCUUACCUAUAAUCGAACUGAAGAACUAUUCGAAGUACGUCGUGGUGUAUCUAUCGAACCUUCUGGACAGAUUCGCGAAAAUGGAUAACAAAGUAACGUUGGAACAAUUCCUUGCUAUGUGCGACACUGUGAACGCGAAACGAAAUGGUCUGCCCAAGGAUUUGUCAAGUGACCUUAUAAAGCAACUAAGUAAAUUUAAGGAUAUGUAUUUUAGUAGAAGCGGCAAUAAGCUACAAGUGUCCUUCAAUCAGAUUAUGAAAAAGCUUCCGAACCAGUUCCUAAGCGGUAGCACCCUGGACCCGUACUCCAGGGUGUUAGUGGAGAGCCUGGUGAAUUGUCUGGAAAGAGAUGACUCCUGUAACGCCACAUGGAGACAGCUGUUCCACAGGUGUUCGAAGCAAUCGGCUACACUUCUCGAUUUUAUUAAUAACAACUGGGCAGAGGUUAGUCCAAGACUAAAGCGGAAGUCCUUGAAGGUCACAGUAACUGAAUAUAAGUUGGUGGGCGCCGACGUUCUGAAAGGGAAGAAAAAGGAUGAGACCAUUAUAAAGACUACCAAAAUAUGCCAGGAUAUUCUAGACAGAAUGACGAGUACUAGAAGAUUCCCUUGGCUCUGGGCUAGCUUUCUGCUGUUGGUCAGCAUCGGAGGCCUGGUGUCUUACGAUGUGUACAGAGUCGGUGGUAACUUCCCUAAAAGUGCGACUGGCAAAGUCCUCAAAGACCUAGGUGUGCUGGAACACAGUCAGCGUGCGUGGCAGAAAACAUUAUCCACUUCAGCGAGAGGAUAUCUUUGGGUCGAAACCAACGCUCCAAUCUACUACGCUCAAACCUUAGAGGUCUCCAAACCGUACAUUGAGCUAUCUAAAGAUUCCAUCAUAUUUGCUUAUAAGAAAUCACUGAUAUUGUAUGGGAACGCAAAAGAUUAUGUCAUAGAAAAAACUCCUGUGGUCUUGGCUACCAUAGAGCACUACGCCCCAGGAUUGGUUGAUAAUGUUAAGGGUUAUGCAUCAUCUGGUUAUGAAGUUGUCAAGAAAUAUUCGAAUGAUUAUUACCAGUUCACUUCAGAUUAUUUGAAGACCAAAGUUUUUGUAGGAGAAUGGGCCCCCGAGAUCCUGCAGAACAAAACGCAGACCGCCCUGAAUGUGACGCGGGAGCACGUGACGACGUACUUCCACUGGUUCCGGCAGCAGGUCAGCCUGUACUCGGAGAUCCCCUGAACUUCACGGUGACUCCAUGUGAUUCUACCAUGUGCCGAUGGAGGAAUACCUUUUACAACGUGCCAGUAACAUCAUUGGCUAUGGAACGGUGAACAAUUCAAAUUUUAGGCUGUGUUCACACCAUAUUUGUGUAUUUAAUUUUAAUUGUAAAUAUUUUGUCUCUCUAUGCUUCCGUUCCUAUGAAUGGCCUGAUAUUUUUAAUUUUACUAUGUCUCGAAAACUAAUUUUAUCUAUGUAUCAUCUGUAUUUUAUUUUAAUUUGAAAUUGUUUAUUUUUUUUUUUAUAUAAUUUUGCUACCAGUUUGCUAGUUGCUAAAUUUAGUAACACAUUUAUUAAUAUACAAAUCGAAAUGCACAAAUUAUGUAUAAAAUUACACUGUCCUCCAUCUACACAUGACUCCUUGGAAACCCGAGAAUCAUAUUUAUUUCUGUAAAAACAGUACAAUUUUCAAAUCGGCUAUAUUAACAACGAAUAUCUUUUAAUCAAUGCAAUAAUAUCAUAUCAUAAAACUUAUAUUUUUAAAUCGUUUUGUCAUGACAAAAUUAAUCAUUAAGUAUUAUUUUGAUAAAUCUCUCAAAUCAGUAUUGGACAUGAAUUUAACAUUCCUUGUUUGCAUUUAAGCCAAGUUACCCUUGGGUUUUCAUAUUGUACAUUAACACCUAAUGAAAUUAUUUUAACUGAAGCAUAUAGGUAUAAGUCUGUAGUAUAUUUAUUUGUUUGAGAGUUUGUGUUUAGAGAUACAGAAUUUUUAUAAAAGAGGAAUGAAUUUCAGUGUGUGGCGGUCCGACAACUAUUUUUAAAGUGAACAGAGGUCGAACGGCUAGUUUGGUAUUCAAUAUCUAUUGGUAAAACAUUUUGUAGUGAGACGCAGUGGACCAAUCACAUUGCGGUGUGGUUGUCGUCGCGUCAUAAUGCCAUACUGUGAUUGGUUCGCUGCGUGUGAAAAUCGACAGUCGAUAUCGAAUUGCAAACUAGCACUACGGCCCCUUGACUAUGUUACUAACGGCACUAAGUUAAUUGUAAUUUAAAAUCUGUCUGUGCCAAAGUAUUACAGUUUUUCACUAAUCUAUAUCCAUACUUCUAUUAGAUUUUGAACAGAAUUGUCAUUGUUAUGAUAAUUUCUUAAUAGAUUUGUAUACAAUUUGUGAACAUAGUGUGUCAGGCCGGCCAUUUCUCUGACAAGAUUAAUGUUAUGUGCUGAGUAACUGUAAGGAGUCACAAUAAAAUAUUGUUAGUGAA